AUGGGUACAGGAGCUGGUGAUGGUGGGUUUAGUGACAUCAGUGGUAAGAUCAAGAGGAGGACGUGCUAUGAGUGUGGUGAGAAGGGUCAUCUUUCUUCGGCUUGUCCAAAGUCUGUAACUACAACAUUUAGUACCCAUUCAAUACCGGCAGCUACAACUACAAGUAGUGAUCCUACACCAGCUGCUACAGCUUCAGGUACAGGAGCUGAUAAUAGUGGGUUGAGUGCCACCAGUGGGAAGAUUAAGAGGAGGACGUGCUAUGAGUGUGGUGAGAAGGGUCAUCUUUCUUCAGCUUGUCCAAAGUCUGCAACUACAGCUUUUAAUACCCAUUCAACACCCGUAGCUAAAACCACAACUACCAAUCCAACACCAGUUGCUACAGCUACAGGAGCUGAUAACUGGUGAGUUGAGUGACAUUAGUGGUAAGAUUAAGAGGAGGACCUGCUAUGAGUGUGGUGAAAGGGUCAUCUUUCUUCAGCUUGUCCAAAGGCUGCUACUACACCUUCAAGUACCCAUUCAAUUCGAGUAGCUACAGUUACAAGUACCGGUUCAAUACCAGUAGCUACAACUACAAGCACCGCUACAACACCAGUAGCUACAACUACAAGCACAGAUUUGCCACCAGAUGUUCCAGCUGCAGGUACUGGAGCUGAUCCUAGCGAGUUGUGUGUGAGCAGUGGUAAGAUUAAGAGGAGGACGUGCUACGAGUGUGGUGAAAAGGGACAUAUUUCUUCAGCGUGUCCAAAGAAGCAAACCAAUGCAAGUUAAGCAUGUAGCCUGCAGGCAGUGUCCCAAGUUUUUCCUAUUAAUUACAUGUAGGGAGGAACACAUUACUCAUUUUCGAAUUGGUUGAAACGUCACAGGUUGUUGUUAUUGAGCCCAAUUUUGGGAAAUUUUGUUUACUGCAUUUAGCUUAGUUUGAUGCAGAGAUUUGUAAAACUGAGAUAUUUCUUUAUUAUUGACAAGGCAGAUUUUGUUC